GUGGGCGCCGGGGCAGCCAGCCUCCUGCCUCCUCCUGCCUCCUCCUGCCUCCUCCCGCCGCGGGCGCGCGAUUCCCCGCGGCCAACGGCGGCCGGCCGAGGCCGAGACGCCCCACGGUGCCCUCAGCGCCCCGCCGCAGCGCCACAGCCGCGCCGGUCCGGUUCCUCGGGGAGACUUGGACUUGUUCGAGACCCGAUGGCCAAAAGAAAAGAAGAAAAUUUCUUCUCUCCCGAAAAUGCCAAAAGACCAAGACAAGAAGAGUUGGAUGACUUUGACAAAGACGGUGAUGAAGAUGAAUGUACAGUUUCUUUCACUAAUGGUACCUCUACUUUGACCGCAGCAGAAGUUGGAAUAAUUGAGAGUAUUCAGCUAAGAAACUUUAUGUGUCAUUCGAUGCUUGGACCCUUUAAAUUUGGUUCUAAUGUCAACUUUGUUGUUGGCAACAAUGGAAGUGGGAAGAGUGCCGUGCUUACAGCUCUCAUUGUUGGCCUUGGAGGAAAAGCUGUUGCUACAAAUAGAGGCUCUUCUUUGAAAGGUUUUGUGAAAGAUGGACAGAACUCAGCAGAUAUCUCCAUAACAUUAAGGAACAGAGGAGAUGAUGCCUAUAGAGCAAAUGUGUAUGGCAACUCUAUAGUCGUGCAGCAGCACAUCAGCAUGGAUGGAAGUCGGUCUUAUAAACUAAAAAGUGAAACAGGCACUGUGGUUUCUACUAGAAAAGAAGAACUGAUUGCAAUUCUUGAUCAUUUUAACAUACAGGUGGAUAAUCCAGUUUCUGUUUUAACACAAGAGAUGAGCAAGCAGUUCCUUCAGUCUAAAAAUGAAGGAGACAAAUACAAAUUCUUCAUGAAAGCAACUCAACUUGAACAGAUGAAAGAAGAUUAUUCAUACAUUAUGGAAACAAAAGAAAGAACAAAGGAGCAGAUAAAUCAAGGAGAAGAGCGACUUACUGAACUGAAACGCCAGUGUUUGGAGAAAGAAGAACGUUUUCAAAGUAUUGCCGGUUUAAGUACAAUGAAAACUAAUUUAGAAUACUUGAAACAUGAAAUGGCUUGGGCAGUGGUCAAUGAAAUUGAAAAACAGUUGAACGCUAUUAGAGAUAAUAUCAAAAUUGGGGAAGAUCGUGCUGCUAGACUUGACAGGAAGACGGAAGAACAGCAGGUUAGACUUAAUGAAGCAGAAAAAAAAUACAAAGAUAUUCAAGAUAAACUGGAAAAGAUAAGUCAAGAGACAAAUGCACGAGCACCAGAAUGUAUGGCAUUGAGAACAGAUGUUACUGCUAAGAAAAAGGUCUAUAAUGAAGCUGAGGUUUUAUAUAAUCGUUCUCUAAAUGAGUAUAAAGCAUUAAUGAAAGAUGAUGAGCAGCUUUGCAAAAGAAUUGAAGAACUAAAGAAAAGUACCGAUCAAUCUUUGGAACCUGAACGAUUGGAAAGGCAAAAAAAAAUAUCUUGGUUAAAAGAGAGAGUAAAGGCCUUGCAGGAUCAAGAAAGCUCAAUCAAUCAAGAGAUUGAGCAGUUUCAGCAAGCCAUAGAAAAGGACAACGAAGAACGGAUCAGAAUUAAGAGGGAAGAAUUAGAUGUGAAGCAUACACUGAGCUAUAAUCAGAGGCAACUGAAAGAAUUGAAAGAUAGUAAAACUGAUCGACUAAAAAGAUUUGGCCCUCAUGUUCCAGCCCUUCUUGAAGCAAUAGAUGAUGCCUACAAGCGUGGGCAUUUUACCUGUAAACCUGUGGGUCCUUUAGGAGCUUGCAUUCAUCUUCGCGACCCUGAACUUGCUUUGGCUAUCGAAUCUUGCUUGAAAGGACUUCUGCAGGCCUAUUGUUGCCAUAACCAUGCCGAUGAAAGAGUUCUCCAGGCACUGAUGGAAAGGUUUUAUUCACGAGGGACCUCACGGCCACAGAUAAUAGUUUCUGAGUUUCAGAAUGAGAUGUAUGACGUAAGACACAGAGCUGCUUAUCAUCCAGAGUUUCCAACAGUCCUGACAGCUUUAGAAAUAGAUAAUGCAGUAGUUGCAAACAGCCUGAUUGACAUGAGAAGCAUAGAGACAGUGCUUCUGAUCAAAAAUAAUUCUGUAGCUCGUGCAGUAAUGCAAUCUCAAAAGCCACCCAAGAAUUGUAGAGAAGCUUUUACUGCUGAUGGUGACCAAGUCUUUGCAGGACGUUACUAUUCAUCUGAAAAUACAAGACCUAAAUUCCUAAGCAAAGAUGUGGAUUCUGAGAUAAGUGACUUGGAGAAUGAAGUUGAAAAUAAGAAGGCCCAGAUAUUAAAUCUUCAGCAACAUUUGUCUGCCCUUGAAAAGGAUAUUAAGCACAAUGAAGAAUUUCUUAGAAGGCGCCAAAUACAUUAUAGAGAGUUAAAGGUAAAAAUAACAGAAAGUAUUUCUGAAAUUCGGGAGCUUGAGAAUAUAGAAGAACACCAGUCUGUAGAUAUUGCAACGUUGGAAGAUGAAGCUCAAGAAAAUAAAAUCAAAAUGAAAAUGGUUGAGAAAAAUAUGGAAGAACAAAAAGAAAAUAUGGAACAUCUUAAAAAUCUCAAAAUAGAAGCAGAAAACAAGUAUGAUACAAUUAAACAGAAAAUUAAUCAGCUCUCAGACCUAGCAGAACCACUUAAGGAUGAAUUAAACCUUGCUGAUUCUGAACUGGAUAACCAAAAACGAGGAAAGCGGCAUUAUGAGGAAAAACAGAAAGAACACUUGGAUACUUUAAAUAAAAAGAAACGAGAACUGGAUAUGAAAGAAAAAGAACUAGAGGAGAAAAUGUCACAAGCAAGACAAAUCUGCCCAGAAAGGAUAGAAGUAAAAAAAUCGGCAUCAAUUCUGGACAAAGAAAUUAAUAGAUUAAGACAAAAGAUACAAGCAGAACAUGCUAGUCAUGGUGAUCGAGAGGAAAUAAUGAGGCAGUAUCAAGAAGCAAGAGAAACCUAUCUUGAUCUGGAUAAUAAAGUCAGGACUUUAAAAAGGUUUAUUAAAUUGCUGGAAGAAAUAAUGACUCAUAGAUAUAAAACAUAUCAACAAUUUAGAAGGUGUCUGACUUUACGAUGCAAGUUGUACUUUGACAACUUACUGUCUCAGCGGGCCUAUUGUGGAAAAAUGAACUUUGACCACAAGAAUGAAACUCUUAGCAUAUCGGUUCAGCCUGGAGAAGGAAACAGAGCUGCCUUCAAUGACAUGAGAGCCUUAUCCGGAGGAGAACGUUCUUUUUCCACAGUUUGCUUCAUUCUUUCUCUGUGGUCCAUUGCUGAGUCUCCUUUCAGGUGCCUAGAUGAGUUUGAUGUCUACAUGGACAUGGUUAACCGGAGGAUUGCAAUGGACAUGAUACUCAAGAUGGCAGAUUCCCAGCGUUUCAGACAGUUUAUCUUGCUUACCCCUCAAAGCAUGAGUUCACUUCCAUCAAGUAAACUGAUUAGAAUUCUUCGAAUGUCUGACCCUGAAAGAGGACAGACGACAUUGCCUUUCCGACCUGUGGGCCAAGAGGAAGAAGAAGACCGAAGUUGAUCUACAGCUCCCUGUGCCCUGUGCCAUGUCCUCAUGUUGCCAGAUUUGUAAAGGGAAAGAGAUUCAGGAGUAUUUGAUGAAAUAAAAUGAAACUGAAGAUAAUCUAAAAUAAAAGAAACUCCUUUAUAUAUCUGGCCCCAGUAAAAUAUGUAAAUAAGUCUAGGAAGCCUACGCCAACCAGCAAUUUAAAAUUACUGUUACUUUACUUUGAGGAAAUUAAUUUCAUAGUAUUGGUUUUAAAUCUUUUUUUAAGUUUGUUUUUUUUUAACCAUCUACUUUUAUAGAUUGUUUUUUGAGAAGUAAAAUUUUGUACAUAUCUGUUUAGUUUGGGUUCAUUUCUAUGGUAUUUUGUAAUAAUUAAAAUAAAAGUUUGAGCAUCUGAUUAUAUUUAGUUUUAUUUUCCAGAAUAUGACCUCUUCAUUGCAGAGGUUGGGGUGCACAGGCGGUCUGUGGGUAGGGACCAGGUUACAGAGGAUUUACUGUCUGGUUUUGCUCAUUAAUUAUGAGGGACCUGCACAGGACUAUAGACCUUUGCUCAGAAUCCUUGCACAGGUCAUUUUGUAUCAUUAGAGAUGGAACUAGAGAUUUGGGCUGUACUUUUAAUAAUUAAAUUGCAUUCAGAUUUAGGAUGCUAUCUCUACAGCACUUUGAUGGAGUACCACAGCACCACCAACCCUGACCCAGUGCCUUUUCUCAGUCCUUGAACGUCAUCCAUCCAACUAAGUGUCUAACCCAUGUCACAACGGGAUUGUGUCACAGCCCUACACCCUGACCUGUGGCACGCUUGCCUGGUUUAAAACCCCUCCGUUCAUGGGCCAGGGCUCUUGGCUCAGCUGAGAGGAGCUGGGGAGAAGGGUUAAGAAAACGGGCUCCCUCCAGAGCAGGAAAGCCCAGCAGAGCCAGAGGCCGGCCUAUUGAUGGGGAGCUGACACCUGUGACCUCAAAGACACAUCCUGACUUUAGAGCUGUUUAAGAGUGGGCUUCUUAGAAUGAUAAAACAUAGCAUCUUGUAGGAAAUGCUGUUUAUCAACUUUUUUUUUUUAAAGGCAUGAGUAAUACUCUUGCCUAUAUUCUCUUUGAUACUAGGUAAGUGCUAAAUUUUUAAGACAGACGUGGAUAUUCCAGGAGCAUUCCCUGUAUUGCUAGCGAUAAAUAUUUAUGGAAUUGAAAAGGAAAUAUUUUAAGAAAAAAGGCAGUAUUUUAAAAGUAGCAGCACUUCUGUUGUUACUGAGGAAAACUGGGUUUUGUUUUUUAUUUUAGUGGAGGGGAGAGAGUCUAAUUAACCUUAAAGUGAGAUCAGUUGGUAAAUGAGAAGUCUAAAAAUCUGUGCUUUUCUAAUCUAAGAAUUUACAGAAGGAGGAAAUGUAUACUGAAAGUUAAUGAACAUCCUCCUAAAACCAUGCAAAGUCUGACCUUUAAAAGUUAUGUUUAUAACUAAUUUGUAUCAAAACUACUUUUUAACAUAU